AUGCGCGGGCGCCGCCUGUUCGAGCUCCUGCCCGACGGGCGCACCGUCCACAAGGAGGCGCCUCCCGACAAUGGCGGCAUGGCGGCCGUCGCCGAGGCGCUCGGGCGCAUCGGGCUGCAGUCCUACGCUGCCGCGUUUGACUCCGAGGGCUACGACGACAUCGAGUUUCUGCUCGGGCUGGACAGCGCCGAGCGGGCAGCCGUGGCGACGGCGACGGGCAUGGACGCGAAGCCGGGGCACGCGGGGAAGUGGGUCAAGUUCGGCUUCGGGGAGCCCUGA